AUGUCAGACGGAAGCCCGAGUGACUCCGAUGUGGAGUUUAUCGACCUCACUGAAGGCGACAAUGCUCAUCCAGACAUUGAUGGUCAUUACGAAGAUGCCCCUGACCAAGAAGAGAUCUCCCUUGGACUAGAUGCCCAUGGGGAGCCGAUCUCGCACAUCAUAUACCGGCCUGGUGGCCCUAUGGACGUCGACAGCGAAGAGGAAAGCAGUGACGACGACCUAUAUACUCCCGAAGUCGAAGGAAGCCUGUUUUUUGGUGAGGAGGACGGUGAAAUCAGCAAUGGUGGUGGCGAUGAUGGUGGGUAUAGAGGACCUCCAUCCCCAACAUCAUCUGAUGACCCGGGUAGCGAAUCCGACAGGUCAGAAGAUAGCGACAAUCAUCACGACGACGCCGAUGAGGACGAUGAUCAGACAACUCAACAUAGCCCAGGAGAUUCUAACGGAGGAAGUCCUGGUGGUGGUGAUGAUUCCGGUGAUGACAGUUCAGACGAUGGAGAAGAUUCAGAUGACGAAGAUGCCGACGAUGAUCCCAUUAAUGACGAUGAUGAAGAAGGCAAUGCGGAGCAUGGGCAUAAAAACCCAAACGGCGAUUUACCCGAGGUCCUGGAAGAAGAAGGUAUUGAAUGGCCAGAAUGGAAUGGUGACUGUAUCGAUACAUGCCAGCCCCCUUGGUAUAGUCUUGCUUGCAAAUUCGCAACUUACCGGAACCGAUUCCUCUAUAAAAGAAGAGAAUUGAGAGAGUGCAAGAGGGUUAACAGAAACCGGGUCACCGAACUCAAUCGCGGAGUAAGAGGCCUAAACAAAGUGGUGGAAGCAAUGACAGAAGCAGUGAGAGAGUUUUAUGCAGCCAAUGAGGUAAACAUUCAGGAGAAUGAAAGACUUGUUGCGGAAAACGAGGCUCUCCGAGAUCUUGUGCCUGAAGAAGAACUGGAGGAUUUCCCUGACCCCGUUCAAUUAAGCAUUGAGGACAUGGAGGCAUCUCUGCCCCAGGACAUUCGAAACCGCCUGCCACCUGAUGUCAAGAGACGUCUUCGCGUGUGGCGACGCCGGCCAGUGAAGCCUCGAAAGACAGAACGUUUAUGGCCAAAGGCCUACACACGUUGGAUCAGACAUGGCCGUCAUCCUGACUACGACAACUGGGGAGAUAUUCACAAGCUCGCUUGCCAGGAAGAGAAUAUGCCUUCAGUUUUCGGGAAGUCCACGCCACUCAGGACACACCCUUACCUCACUCUGUGUGCACCGCCCCCUCAACAGGAAGAGAGGGUUAUCACAGGAGAGGGUGAGGGUUGUACUCCUGAGCCAUAUCGCCGACGAGAACGCGCACAAAACCAAGAAGAUACCGGCCCGUUCAACUUCGACAUUCUUCCAACCAAAGAUCGACAGAAGAUAAUCAUCAAAAUCCUUCGGUAUGCUCUUGUUUUUGAUGGGAACAUCAUUCACGCCAUCUCUCGUUUGGAUCCAUACUUCGAACCAGCCUCCCCUAACCGGAACUGCAACGGUAAAAUAUCGCUAUUGCAUCGCUUCCACAUUGGGCGACAGAGAGUUUCUCUCACAUAUGGAACAAUCCAUCCUCAGAAACUCCUUGCUCCUCUUCUGCACAUCGAGCUGUUGUGGAUGGGCUCACAGAAGCUCACGUACAUGAUCGACCAAAAGGGCAAGUACGUAUCUCGACGAACUCAUGAUCUCGCCUAUCUGCCCGAGGCCUGUCGACUGAAGACGGUUGCUAUUCAUCUGCCCGAGUCCUCCAAGAAGUAUAUGCGACGUAAGCAUGAGCCGCCUCAGAUCGUUCGGUUCUUGGCAGAAAAGACGAGAAAGCAGCCUAACUUCCGCCGCUUCCGCGCGUUGCGUACGUUACAGGGUGUUGAUUACCUAUACUGCCUUCGUGGGAUCCGGGAAGUGACCUUCUUCGACUACGACGAAUCACGACGACUGCCCCCGAAAAUGCCAGUUCGUGACUGGACCUUUGUCCGUGAUAUUAAUGAGUCUGUACGCAGGGAAAAGUCUGCAGAUGAUGAACACUUCUCCCAGCUUCGGUACCUAGCUCCAUUGUUGAUCCAGCCUUCCGUCGAACUCGCUGGGCAGCUUGAGGAAAUCGUCGACCCGGAGCCUCAGUAUAUGGGUCUCAUGUCACCACCUCCUGAUAUGUACCCCCAGCUGCAGGCCGCUUUGGAUGAGGCGGCUAACUCUGAGAAUGAAUCCGAUGGCGAUGACAGCGACGGAGAUUCUGAUGAAGAGAUGGGGGGAGACACUGACGAUGAUGGCAGUGACGGCGAUGAUGAUGAUGGCGGCGGCAGCGGUGGUAGUAGCAGUGGCGCAGAUGCACACUUCAAUUAUCAACAUCUCGCUGCAGAUGACCACAGUCAUGAGCGAGAUGAGAGCCCGGCCGAUCUCGAUGAGUUGGCAGCAGGACUGUCCAAUAUAUUAUCUGGUGAUCAGUCUGAUCCCAACUCUGAACAGGAGCAGAAGAAAGAGGUAUGGUCAGAUAAUGGGCAAACAAUCGACUUGAUAAGCGACGAUGAGGACGUUGAUGAACCCCAGUAUGACAGAGACCGGUCCACAUCUCUGUUCGUUCGAAGCCCCCUACGGGAUCGUCGACCUGAGUUCAUCACCAAGGUUGAAACGCCAUCUCCUCCCAGGACAACCCCUCCAGUUCCUGCUGACCAGGCUGAAAUAACGCCAGCGAGGGAGACCCGCGCUGACAGUAGCUUGUUUGUGAGCCCUACCCCCUAUGAGGCUCUAAACCCUCAAGCGGGAGAUCAGUCAUCGCCAAUUGAUCUCACUGAUCCUGUGGGAGUGUCACUCUCUUCUCCUGCUCCGUCCUCACGCCCGAGCUCGAGCUCAAGCUCUAGCACCUGUUCUUCAGGUUUCAAGCGAGAAUGGAGUUUUAUCAGCGUGGAUGACGACGACGAGAAUGAUGGUGACGAUGAGGAUGAAGACUUCCGAUUCUUAGGAAGUUUUCCCAAGCGACCGCGCCGUCCUGACGGUGAUGAUGACGACGACGGUGUUGAAAUGAUGGACCUGGAAGAAGGGCCUCGGGAGGAGCUUCAGGAGGAGCUUCAGGAGGAGCUUCAGGAGGAGCCUCAAGAGGAGUUUGUCAUGGCUUAG